AUGGACGAACCCAAGCAAUCUCCUGACCCAAACACUUGCCGACUUCGCAGCACCGCUCAGCUAUCAAGCACCGAUCCGAUAACUGAUUAGUGAUAAAGUGGUGUUCCAGUACACAUGGCUCCGUGCAUCGUCUCUUGCGUUGUCUUGAUGCUCUUAUGCUGCAUGCGUCUGUCAGCAGCAGCGGUGUAUAACGUUGGGAGUUUCGGGGCGAGACCUGACGGCCGGACGGAUGCGUCCGAGGCAUUGGCGGCCGCCUGGUCCGUCGCAUGCCGGUCGACGGAGCCGGCGACGGUGCUCGUGCCAAAUGGCCAGUUCUUGGUCAGCCACGCGGCCUUUGCUGGCCCGUGUUCCGGCAGGAUGACGGUCCAGAUCGAUGGCACGCUGGUCGCACCGUCCGGUUACACCGGCGGUGGCAGCUCGGGUGGGGAGGGGGAGUGGAUUGUGUUCGACCACGUCGACGGCCUGACCGUGUCCGGCGGCACCCUCGACGGCAGCGGCGAGUCGCUUUGGGCGUGCAAGGCGGCCGGCCACGACGGCUGCCCGGACGGGGCAACCUCGAUGAAGGUGCUCAACUCGAGGGACGUGAUGAUCAGCGGGGUCAAGUCGGUGAACAGCGAGCUGUACCACGUCGUGAUCGACGGGUGCGAGGGCGUGACCGUGCAGGACUCCAGGAUCGUGGCGCCGGAGAGCAGCCCCAACACGGACGGCAUCCACGUGCAGUCGUCGUCGGCGGUCACCAUCACCGGCGCCAGCAUCCAGACCGGCGACGACUGCAUCUCCGUCGGCCCCGGCACCUCCAACCUUCGCGUCGAGCAUGUCAGCUGCGGCCCCGGCCACGGCAUAAGCAUCGGGAGCCUGGGGAAGGAGAGCGAGGAGAGGGGCGUGGAGAACGUGACGGUGAGCGGCGCGACGUUCGUCGGCACGGAGAACGGGCUGCGGAUCAAGACGUGGGGGCGGGCGGCGCGCUCCAGCGCGUACGUGCGCGGCGUCGUCUUCGAGCACGCGCUCAUGCGCGACGUGAGCAACCCCAUCAUCAUCGACCAGAACUACUGCCCCAACGACGGCGGCCAUGGCUGCCCCCAUCAGAGCUCCGACGUGCAGAUCAGCGGGGUGACGUACACCGACAUCCAGGGGUCGUCGGCGUCGCAGGUGGCCGUCAAGUUCGACUGCAGCGCGAGCAAACCCUGCAGCGGACUCGGCCUGCAGGACAUCAAGCUCACGUUCGACGGCGGCAAGCCAACCGAGGCGACUUGCCAGCACGCCGACGGCACGGCCUCCGGCGUCCUCGUGCCUCCCAGUUGCUUGUAAAUUGUAAUGCUUAUGCUUUUCCGACAAAAGAGAGAAGCUACUG